CAUAAAUUUUGCAUAAAUAUAAGCUGAAUGUUGAAGAUAUUUUCUAAUAUCCUUGUUCAUAAUCAAGUUACGAAAAUAGCAGCAGUAUGUCCCGUGAGCACUGGAAGAAACCAAGAUCAAGGGUCAACAGACAAAAUAAUUCACAAAGAUCAAGAAUUCCGCCUGGAUUGAAGGGAAAAGAAAUUGGACUGUAUUUUAGGGAUCGCGGUCGUGAAAGAAAGAACAAAGAGAAGAUUAUCAAUUUCGUCAUCCCAAAGCAUGUGCUUAUAGAUUUGGAGGACAAUCUUAUAACUAUAUCAGAAAUAGCCAAGCUGGAGAAAAUCAGUUUGAAACACAUUGUAGAUGUUGAUAUUUUUGAAGGCAGUAAACAUGGUAUUAAACUGGAAAAAAUGCAGAUAAAAAAUGAGAUUACAAAUGAUCCAAUGAAAGAGGAACCAGGUACCAGCAAAACUGAAGCUUCACCAAUAAAAACAUUUAAAGCCAAUGAUGGUUCUAAAGUGAACUCGGAACAUUUGAAUAACUACAAGUAUGGUUAUGAAGACAUAAUCACUGGAACUUUUAGUGAGAAACUUGAAGAGUGUCUGCAAAAAGGCGCAAGUAUUAACAAGUCUACUGAAGAAACAGAGCUCAUCAAUGUGGACCUCUACGAAGAACUCGAAGCUAUAAAACAAAAUAAAACUUAUAAAGAAAUGCUAAAGUUCAGAGAAAUGUUGCCAGCAUACAAGAAAGCAAAGGAAAUUGUUGAUAUAGUUGAAAAGAACCAAGUCAUAGUUAUAAGUGGAGAAACUGGCUGUGGAAAGUCUACUCAGGUACCUCAAGUGAUAUUAGAUGUUGCUAUCAGUAAUUAUAGGGGAGCUCAUGUCAAGAUAAUGGUGACACAGCCAAGGAGAAUUGCUGCCUCUGCCUUGGCCAUAAGAGUUGGGAAGGAGAGAGGGAAUAGUCUUAAGAAGUCUGUAGGCUAUGCUGUUCGACUGGAAAGAGUGGAAGAAAGACCUCGAGGAAGUAUUGUAUACUGCACAACUGGUAUUCUGCUAGCUCUUCUAGAAGUGAACCAGGGUCUUACAGAUUACAGCCAUAUAAUACUGGACGAAGUACACGAGAGGGACAGCCAUGUUGACUUGUCAAUGCUUAUGCUUAAGCAAGUAUUAAAGAAAAGAAAGGAUCUUAAACUUAUUCUGAUGAGUGCCACACUAGAUGCGGGAAGCUUGUCUGCUUAUUUCGACGAUGCUCCUGUAAUGCAUAUAGAGGGUUUGGCUUAUCCAGUCCAAGAUAUAUUUCUAGAAGACAUUCUAAAAGUCACAAAGUAUUCACCAAGGGAGGACCGACCGAGAGGCCCUCAGCCAAAAUGGAUGAAAUAUAGAAAAAAAGGCAAUGUACAUGAAAUGGAGAAAGAUAUUAAAUACAGGGCUGAAAUAAGUCACUGGCUUGAAUCUCAAAAGAAAAACUUAGACUUUGAUGUUUACAAAACUCUGCAGAAUUCGAGGAUAGAAGAUCUAGACUUAGACUUAAUAUUGCAACUCCUAAUUCAUAUUUGCAAAGGCAAGCCUGGGGCGAUACUUGUGUUUUUACCUGGUAUUGGUGAAAUAACUAAGCUUAUGAGACUUAUGGAUGAAAGUAGAUGCUUUCCAAGUCAGUAUUAUGAGAUAUAUCCUCUGCAUUCGAAGUUGGCUACUCUAGACCAGCAUAGAAUAUUCGAGAGGCCCCCAGAGUCAGUUCGAAAGAUUAUAAUAGCGACGAACAUAGCCGAGACGUCUAUAACCAUUGAUGAUAUAGUGUAUGUUGUGGACUGUGCUAAAAUCAAAAUAAACGGACUCAACGUGGAGCAGAAUAUAUCGACACUUGAAGUGCAGUGGGUUUCCAAAGCUAACUUGCAUCAGAGACGUGGUCGCGCGGGACGAUGUCAACCAGGCAUCUGCUACCACCUACUGACGUCAUACCGAGCGGAAAACCUCCAAGAACGCCUCGCACCGGAGCUGCAAAGGAGUAACUUACUAGAAGCCGUGCUAACUAUCAAGAGGUUGAGAUUAGGGCAAGCAGCGGAAGCGCUGAGCAAGGUCCAAGCUUCGCCCGCCGUUAAGACUAUAGAGUGGGCGGUUAGUCAUUUACAGAAAUGCGGUGCCCUAGACGAGACUGAGACGCUGACGCCACUAGGCUGGCAUUUGGCCCGUCUGCCGGUGCACCCGUCGGCGGGGAAACUGGUGCUGUUCGGAGCUCUGUUCGGAUGUUUAGACCGCGCUGCCAGCGUAGCCGCCGUUUGGGGGUUCAAAGACCCCUUUAAUCUAGUCAUAGGUAAAGAGGCGCAAGCGGAUGCAUGCAAACGCAACUUUAAUUUGGGCGAGCCGAGCGACCACAUAGCUGUGUCAGAAGCCAUCAUACAAUGGGAGCAGUGCCCCACUCGACACAAACGCUCCUUCGCUUACGACAACUUCCUAUCCAACAACACACUAGAAUUAUUAUCAGAUAUGAAGAAACAAUUAGGAGAUAAUCUAAAGCAAAUGGGCUUUUUGAAUACUGGUGAUGUGAAAUCGCCUUGGGAGAACCGAAACUCGGAUAAUCUUAGUCUCUUCAAAGCGAUAGUUGCCGCUGCGUUGUAUCCAAAUAUUGCGACGGUCAGAUGGCUCGGUAGAAAUCCAACAAAACAGAAAAGGAUCAUAGCGCAUAGCCCCGAAGACGGCAGGCUGGCGUUGCACCCCAGUAGUGUGAUGUCAGCGCCCAAGUCCAAGGCAAUUGUAAAGUUAUGUGACAACCCCGGAGCUAACUGGCUUGUGUACUGGCUAAAACAGAGAACUGCUGAGCUCUAUGUGUUCGAUGUUACCUUAAUUUAUACUCUACCACUACUCUUCUUUGGGGAAUUGAAGAUUAAUCUUGGUACCGAAGACCCAAACUAUUGCUUGCUAUCGAUAUCGUCGAUAAAGGUGCGAUGUCUGAAGGAUACAGCCAUCAAGGUGUACCAGUGCCGCAGCUUGCUGGAUCAAGUGCUAGCAUCAAAGAUUGCUGGCAACUUGACGACUCAGAACAAUUUUGAGGAUCGUGUGCUACAAACUGUGAUACGAUUAAUAACGGCAGAAGAUGAGCAAGUGGACUAUUAUGAUGACGACAUUUCUGAAUUAGAAUAUGACGAAAAAAGUGAAUAAAAUACUUUUAUAGUACCCUUACUACCU